AUGCUCCUGAAGAUAGGAAUCAAACGUGAGCUGUCGUGUGUUCAUACUCCGCUGCAGAAUGGGGUGUCCGAAAGAAAAGACCGACAUAUAGUUAUAGUUGAAAUGGCUUUGACUUUGAUGAUAAAUAAUGGAGUACCAAAGCAUCUAUGGGUUGAAGCAUUCACUACUACAGUGUAUUUAAUCAACAGAUUGCCAUUUUCUGUUAUCAACAUGCAAUCUCCCUUUUCUUCUCUUUAUGGUCGUGAUACUUUUCAGGGGGAGAUCACUACCCUUUCUGAGACAUCUGACUGGGUUACUUUAAAUCAAUCUUCAGAGCACAGUUCCGAUAGUACAGUUCAAGGUGCCGAUAAUUCAUCUUCAAAAAUCAUUCUAUCUCUGUUUGCCGCCUCAAGCGAGCACUUUAUGGCCUUAAACAAGCACCCAACCUAUACAAAGGGCUAUAGCUGUCCACUAUAG